AUGGCAAUGUUUGGGAAGGUUUUGGAGCCUGUGGGCUACAUGCAAACUGUGAGGGUCCUCGUUCAGGGCAUCUGCUCCUACCUGGGCGGCAGUGCCACAGCAGAGGAAAUGGAUCUGGCCAAGAAGAACCUGGACCACAUUGAUCAGGAGCUGGCGGCUUCAGGUCACGGCCUGCUCGACGACCAGGAGGUCCACCGGCUUGAGGACGACCUGGCGGUGGUCUACUACCAGCUGGGAACAGCGGUGAGGGCCCAGUCCGAUUUCACCAAGAAGGAGAUAGAGGUGUUCCUGCAGUACGUACAUGACCACCGCCUGGAGAGGCAGCUGACAGCGCUUUACAACCGCCUGAUGGGAGUGUCAGCGCUGACUGACCAGCCCACCCUGCUGGAGCAGCUCAUACUGACCCGCAAGCCCAAACGCUGGGAGCUGAAGGAGUUCUGCGUCAAGGUAAACUUUGUCCUGGGCACCGGCCUGCUGUGUCUCUUCACGCAGGCUUCUCUGACAGGCAGAGAUCAGGCUCUGCUGAUGAAGAUCUGGUCUGACCGUAUGGGCGCCCUCUACAGGAAGAUGAAGAACAUGGGCGACCGCUGCCUGGGAUACUUCCUGGAGCAGGCGGAAGGGGAUAUUAGGCUACAAUUAAACGAAGCCGUGCAGAACCGUGCACCCCCUGAAGAGGCAGCAACUGGCAUCCUGAAGACCCUGGAGAAGAACUAUGAUUGGCUGCGCUGGGCAGUGAUGCUCCACCCCACCAUGGGACCUCUGGAGGAUGAGCAGAUCGAGGAGACAGAAGAGGCAAAGGAAGAAGCACCAGUGGAGCAGCCGCCCAACAAUUUGCUGUCAGUGGCAUCUGAAGCUCCAAUCCCCCACGUGGUAGCUUGCUACCGUGACACGCCGACGUCACUGGACAAGAGUCGUAUCCAUCAACUCAUCGUGGACCUGGAGUGGAAGAUCCCAAACCCACCCCCUGAAGUGUACGCCUCCAUCGAGGAGGACCCAGGAAGGGCGCGGCGCUACCUGGCCUCACGCAUGCUGAAGAAGCUGCAGGAGGGGCUGGGCUCUGGCGUGGCGGUCCACGUGGUUCCGGGUAGGAUGGAGAUGAAGUGCAACUUCCCUCAAGCCUCCUACUACCUCUACGAGUACAAACACCGGCUGGCUUCGGGUACCGUGUGCGUGUUUGGAUGAAAGGGAAACGGGGAGGAUACGACCUGUUGUUUUCACACAGAUGUUUCAUAAUCAUAUUAAAGUAUAUGCUUUAUUUUUGUUGCUUUCACAAUGACAUUAAU